CAUGACAGCCUGGUGGAAUUUGAGCUACCACAGGCCACUGCUUUAUAUGCUCCUAUCAGGUCCUCGAUGUUUGUGAGUGAUAAUGUGCCAUUUCUUUUCACAAAUGGAGCGUGGCAUAACUGUUUGUAGAAGAGCAGAGACAGACAGAUAUUGUCAAGACAGAUAUUGUUCAGUCGGCUGCUUUCUUUUAUUCUGCACUAGAGCUUCAGCAUUCAGCUCAGCACAGAUAUCAGAUGUUGUCAUCCACUUUAUACCCCAUAAGGGCCACCAGUGAUGGACGAAUAAUACUAGAUAGGUGGUGUGCUGGAACCCAUCCCUUGACAGGUGUAAUAUUAGGCUACACAUCUUCCUCAGUUCCGCAGAUCAAAUUUCAAACAGGAUUCCCCAAGUAAGAUGCUUAAGGGGCGUUGAUGUCAUUGUACGGAAGUGAGUUGGACCACACUGCUGGGCACAGAUAGCAGUGCCACUGAAGACAAUAGGAGGACAACGUGGGAGUUUCGACAGGAAUUCGAACUGAGCUGGACCAUAGAGGGGACUUGGGAUGUCGCACCAGACGGGUAUUCAUGCAACUCCAGACUUGAGAGAGUUCCUCGUGAAGGCAAGAAGGGGCGCUGUCAGGGUGGUGAAGAUUGUUAUAAGGAGCGAACAGCUGGUGUUGGGAGCGUACAGAGAGGUGUCUCAGAGCUGGGAUCAGGACUACGAUGCCUGUGUCCUGCCCAUGCUGGACGGUCUGGAACCCUGUUAUAUCCUUUACCGCCUCGACUCACAGAACCAGCUGGGAUAUGAGUGGCUGUUUAUCUCCUGGUCGCCGGACCAGUCACCGGUGAGGUUAAAGAUGGUGUACGCUGCUACCCGUGCCACACUGAAGAAAGAGUUUGGAGGAAGUCACCUGAAAGAUGAGGUGUUUGGAACAGUCCAGGAAGAUGUGUGUUUCCAAGGUUAUCUACGACACCUGUCCUCGUCCGCCUGUCCGGCUCCCCUCACCACUGCUGAGCAACAGCUACAUCAGAUUAAAAUUACAGAGGACAAAGUGGCACGAGAUGAGAGAAGACGAGUUGCCAGCAUAAGUGGACAAGCAAAGACAGAGAUCAGCGUGGAGAGUAAAAAUCCGACUUUGCAGGGUUUGGCGUUCCCAUUGCAAGAAGAGGCUAAACAUGCUUUGCAGCAGCUUAAAUUUAAACGGAUCAAUUACAUUCAAUUACGGCUGGACACCGAACGAGAGACAAUUGAGCUGGUCCACACCAGUCCUACAGAGACCAUAGAUCUGCCAAGCAGAAUCCCCACUGAUACCCCACGAUACCACUUUUUCCUGUACAAACAUGCCCAUCAAGGACAGGCACUAGAAGCUGUAGUUUUCAUCUACUCCAUGCCUGGGUAUAGCUGUAGCGUAAAAGAAAGGAUGCUGUACUCCAGCUGUAAGAAUCGACUGCUGGAUGAGGUAGAGAGAGACUAUCACAUAGAGAUCGCCAAAAAGAUGGAGAUUGAUAGUGGAGAGUGCCUGACCGAGGAUUUCCUUUAUGAAGAGGUUUACCCGAAGCAGCAUGCUCUGAAACAAGCCUUCACCAAGCCAAAGGGCCCAACAGGGAAACGAGGGAACAAGCGUCUAAUCAAAGGAUCGGGAGAGAACGGAGAUGAGAGCUAGAAUCAUACAGUCAGAACAUGUAAAAUGACAGCUGAUACACUUGUCUGUAGCCUGUUUCUUGUCUUAGCUAUCCUUUUGGAGCUUAUUAUUUUUUAUGUUAGAUUUUAACUUGUCUUCUUACAUUCUGAAACACAUUCUCACAUGGUUUUCAAGGCCACAUAAAUGUGUUGUUUAGAGGAUGAUUUUUAUGUUAAGAUAAAAUAAAAUCCAUUAAUCCGU